GAUGUACUUCAUGACACAUUUAAAAGGACCUUUGUAUCUUAAUGUAUAUAAAUAAUUCUAUGCCAUCAAAAAAUUACUCUCCAAAUUACUUCUCCACCUUCAUACUUCUUGGCACUAGAAUGCAUUUCCUCUAGUAAUGAAAAUUGAUCCCAAGUUACUUCAGUUUAUUUAGUUUUAGGAAAUAUGAUGAUUUUCUCCUCAAAGGCUUACAAGGUUUUCCUGCUUGUGUCUUUCUCCAUGGUACUCUCUACUAGUUGGAGCCUUGAGGUGAUCCCGAAUCAUGUUAAGUUGAACAACUUGCAAGAAGAGAAAGCUGCCACUAACGAGGAAGGAGAAAAGAAAGACAUGGGAAUGCAGCUCUACCGAACAGGUUCUACAUUGCCGGAUUGUUCACACGCGUGUGGAUCAUGCUUUCCCUGCAAGAGGGUGAUAGUGAGCUACAAGUGCUUGAUUGCAGAGUCAUGCCCUGAAGUUUACAGGUGCAUGUGUAAAGGGAAAUACUACCAUGUACCUUCCAAUUGAAGAAGAUUUGUGAUGGACAUUUUGUCAAUUUAGAAUUUCAGAUUAGCUUAGAUUGGUUAGACACGAGUUUUGCCUCUGUUAAAGCUAUCACAACUUUGUGUGUUUGGAUUAAAAUUUAGGAAGUUGAGUUUAUGUCAAUUUGAGUUUAGAAAACUGAGUUUGGU